AUGACCCUCAUCCUUCUCCCUCCCCGACAGAACUCGUGGGCGUGUCUCACAGCCAACGAGACCCUUCGCCUCCGCCAGCAACUCCUGCAGGAUCUGGAGACGUCCUUCAACGCCCCCUUGCCCUCGAGGAUCCGCUACCGCCUCAAGAAGAAGCCGUCGAUCUACACCUCCAAGAAGCCCAAUAUUCGCUACGACAUCGGGAUCCCCGACAUCUACGAGACGGAGGUCGUGGUGACGCCCAAGCACCCUCAGGAGCUGCACGACAUCCAGCCCACCGUCGGCUACCCGAAGGAGGACUACCGCGUCGCCGCCGACAGGAAGUACCAGCGGUUCGUCCCGACCCCCGGCCAGCCCCAGUACCUGCCCCUGGAGGCCCUGGUGACGCCCGCGUUCGGCGAGGAGGCGGCGGGCGGCCCCGGAACCGCCAAGCCCUACAUCCCGCUCAACAGGGACAAGGCGGCCGAGGAGUCUCCCAACCUGGUGUUCCGGCCUCCUCGCCGCCCGCCCGGCCACCACCGCCGCCGCACCAACGGGCUGGUCUCGCGGCCGCCCCCCGGACGCCCGCACUUCUUCACGCCCGCGCCGGAGAGGGUCAGCAUCCAGGCGCACCUCCAGUACCGCCGCCCGGUCUCCUUCAAGUACCGACGGACGGACGCGGAGGCGAAGCUAACGACGGAGGCGACGCCCUCCACGCGCGCCUACACCACGGUGCCCUACCCCACCAAGGCCGCCUCGCCCCACCCGGCGCAGGCGUCCCCAACACCGGCACACCAUGCAGAGGCGGCGACGGAGGGCUACGCGAAGCCCUCUCAGACCUACCUUCCGCCAGACAAGGAGUACCUCCCACCACAGGCUCCUGCCAAGACCGCAGGGGCGGGAACCCAUUCUGAGCCCUCCCACUAUCUUCCCCCCAAUAAGGAAUACGUCGCUCCUGAGGCUCCCUUGACGACGCCCGCGUACAAGGCCCCAAAGGCCCCCCACACAGACCCUCCCUCGGCUUACAUUGCGCCCGAGAAGGACUACAAGCCCCCACAUGCUGCAACGCCUCAGACUGGGUAUAAAACGCCAGCUGUUACUUAUACUGACCCUCCUAAGCAGUAUGUCCCCCCAAGCACCAAGUACGAAGCUCCUCAUGCUGCUACGCCAGCCCCUGGCAUCUCGCAGACCUACCUUCCCCCAAACAAGGAGUACGUGCCUCCAGAAAAACCUGCUGAGAAAUAUGAAGCACCUUCGCAGAAGUACGAACCACCCACCAACGAAUACAUUCCCCCAAAAGCUGCCUCUCCUCCUGCCAAGACGUACGAAGCGCCUCCAAGAAAGUACAUCCCUCCAAGUAAUGAAUAUUUGCCUCCAUCCGCCAACCACAAGCUCCCUGAACAGACGUAUGCAGAACCUCCAAGAAAAUACCUUCCGCCAAACAAGGAAUUUGCUGCCCCCCCUCGCAGAAGACUUCGGCCGGGUGCAAGGCCCAAGGUCCCCGGAAAACCCGUAGCGAAGCCACCCAGAAAGUACCUUCCUCCGGACAAGGAAUUCAGUGUGCCCGGAAGGAGAGUUCCUGGCGAGGGGCAGGUACCAGGUCGAAGACGCCGUCCUGGAGGUCCUGGCAAGAGGAGAAGGAAGCACCCCAAGAGACCCACUUUGCCUAGCAGAACGUACCUACCACCCAAUAUUGAAUUCCAGGAUGGAGGCUCAUCUGCACCUGGUUAUGGGACAACACCUGCCCCGCGCACUUACCUUCCUCCCAAUAAGGAAUAUAACACACCGCCUCCAAGGACCUAUGAGCCUCCCACCAAUGAAUAUCUGCCUCCACCCAAAGAUGAUACGAAAGCCCCACAAAUGACGACCAUGGCUUCGGUCACUUACGCAACCCCCUCCAGGACGUACCUACCACCCCAGCGAGACUAUCAAACCCCACCAGCGAGGUAUGAAACACCAAGCCAGACUUACGUUCCACCCACCAAUGAAUACAUACCACCCAAAGUAGCAGCGAUACCAAGCCAGACUUAUGGACCACCCGUUAAUGAAUACAUACCACCAAAAGUAGCAGCGAUACCAAGCCAGACUUACGGACCACCCGUUAAUGAAUAUAUACCACCCAAAGUAACCGCAGUGCCCAGCCAGACUUAUGGUCCACCUACUAAUGAGUACAUACCGCCUAAGGUAGCAGCAACACCUGCACCAGCAUACGUCCCACCUCUUCCACCCCCGGAGCCUACCUACGCUCCGCCUCAGGUGUCUUAUGCCCCUCCCCAGCUGAGUUACGUACAGCCAUCGCGCAAGUACGAACUGCCUGUCAACGAGUACAUUAUAACGCCUCCGAAGCCCGAACCACAUGACACACCCCUUCCCUCUUGGCUCGUAAGCCUGCAGCAGACCAAAGGCCCUCAAGAAGCCCAGCCUUUCAAAAUCCGCAAGACCAACCCAACGCCUCCUCCAGGGUAUGACCCCAAUACGUCCACAAAGGCAAGUUACGCAAAGACAACAUCCGCUCCUUCCUACGCUUAUUCCCCGCCUGAACCUCAGUACACACCUCCCAAACCUGAAUACCAAGCCCCUCCUGAACGACCCCAUGCUGUUACCCCUGGCUACUCUUUGCCAUUGAGGACCUACCAGCCUCCAGAUAAAGAGUAUUUACCUCCUAAAGAUUACAAUCCUCCUGCAGCUCCUCAGGAGGCCUACGUUCCUCCUAAAGCUCCUGUUACGGAAUCCUAUGUUCCCCCUAAAGCCCCAGAACAGGCCUACGUUCCUCCCAAAGUUUCGCCAGACGUCUAUGUGCCGCCUAAGGCCCCUGUAGCAGCUGACGUCUCGAAACCCAAAUCUUCUUACAUACCGCCUCCUCCACCUCCCCUGCAUAUUCCAAUCGACCCCACCUACCUGCCUCCUCCGAAGCAACCACCUGUCACCUACGUACCACCUCAGCAUGAUUAUGUUCCUCCUAAGGCACCCACUCACCCGCCUCCUCCCUCAGCAGAUCUGCACCUAAGCGCCCCACACUCUUCGCAUUACACGACCCCGAAACCCACAUACCCAGCUGUCGUAUCAGCAUACGUUCCCCCAGCAAAACCCAAACCAGAUUACAUUCCUCCAGCACAGCCCACCACGGCGUACGUUCCACCAGCUAAACCCUCUCAAGCUUACGUUCCCCCAGCACCCCCUAAACCAGCCUACGUUCCUCCCGCUAAGCCUGAAGAAGCUUACGUCCCUCCUGCUAAACCCACUCAGGCUUACGUUCCUCCUGUGACCGCAAAGCCACAUGUCGCUACGACCUACAGCCCUCCCAAGCCAGCCUACGUCCCCCCAACCACACCCAAGCCCGAGUACGUCCCUCCAGCCAAACCCACACAGACCUACGUCCCUCCGGCUUCACCCGUGCACGUGACCACUUACAAACCCUCCUACGACCCGAAGAUCAAGAAACUCCAGGAUUUCAGUCAUCCGGGAGUCUCGCUGGCCCCACGACCGUCCUUAGCCCCACGACCUUCCGUGCGUCCCAACUACACCACGACCUACUCGCCCCCCGUGUACACCCCCUCGACCUUCGGACCUGGCUACAACGACCUCCCAGCCAGCGUCAAGCCCCCCCCAAUCCCGACGGCCAUCGCCCCUCCUCCCCACGCACCCCUUCGACCCUACCAUCCCCGUCCUUCCUACUACGACGACUACGACGACUACGACUACGACGACUACUACGACUACGAUUACUACUACUACGGCGACGACUAUUACUACGACGACUACGACUACGACUACUACUACGACGACUAUGACUAUGGCCCGCCGCAGAGUCUUAGACGACCUGUCCCUCACCACCUCAUUCCCCAGUCGGACUACUUCGACAUCCUCGAGAACGAAAUACAAGACUUCGGUUACAUUGCUGGCAUUCCUGGUCGGGCCGGCCGUGACUACCCCAUCCUGAGUUACAUUCCGCUGACCUCGUUUGGCUGUGACCUCGUGGCUGACUACCCGGGCUACUAUGCUGAUAUGGAAGCAGGGUGCCAGGUGUUCCACAUCUGCCACCGCAACGGCCGCCAGGACUCGUUCCUCUGUCCCAACGGCACGGUGUUCAACCAGAAGUACUUCGUGUGCGACUGGUGGUACAACUUCGCCUGCGAGGACGCGCCCUUCUUCUACCCCGUGAACGCUGCCAUCGGCCACCCGGGCGUCCCUCUGCACAAGGACGUCCUGGAGGCUGACAUCAGGGCGUCCCGGUACGUCAGCGACCGCAUCACGGUUACGCCACGCCCGCCCCUGUACGUCACCCUUCUGCUGCGCUGCACCAUCCUUCCGUCCCCGCUCAUCAUGUCACUCCUACUCCCCAUGUCAGUCAGCUGCAGAACUCGCACGGGCCGCCUCAUCACGUGACCUCCGCGUCUAUAGGGUAGAUCAAGCAUUAGGCUGGAAGGAGAAAAAAGAGAAAUGUUUAUAUUUUUCUCUUCUUUCUUUCCUGGUCGUUUCUUUUUUUAUUUUUUUUUUUUUUCGU